UCAGAUCAACUGCUGUUAUCAGAUAAAGGCAAAACUCACCCUUCUGGUUCUAUAAUCCUAGCCCAAUGGAGUCUUCAUCUACCGCACACUAGCCUAACUAAUGCUACAGGAUUAUCAGGAAUACAGAUAUAAAGAUACUGCAAGAAAUAAAACACUGGCAAAAUAAAACAUGAAAGGAAAGUAGAGAAGGUAUUUCGGGUCUCGAAGCUUACUAUUUCCAGCCAGAGUUCAAAUUACUGAGCUUCAAACAAACCACUGCCAGGAACUUAGGAAAUCAUUCUUAGCCUUGCAACGCAUCAAGAAUACUCAUGAGCUUUUCAGAAAUGUGCAAUUGUGAGGUAUGGCCAAGAUGGCGGAUUAGAAGCAGCAGCAGUCUGCAGCACUCAUGGAAAUGAGUGAAAGGUGUGAGUGAAUACAACACCUUCAACUGAAAUAUCCAGGUUCUCGCUUUGGGACUAAUCAGGCAAACAACUUGACCCACAGAAAACAAAGAAAAGCAGGGUGGGGCGACUGCCCACCUGGGAGCAGCACAGAGCAGAAUGAAACCCCACCUCCAGCCAAGAGAGGCGGUGCUGGCCAACAAGAGCUGAAAUACAGAACAGCCUAGAACCUAAGACUAUUCUAAUAUAAAAAUUUUGCACCAGGAUGGAAGGGGACUCUUACCACAAUGCAACCACCAUCAAUGGCACCCCAGUAAAUCACCAGCCUUUGGAACGCCACAGGUUGUGGGAAGUCAUCAGCAUUGCGGUGGUGACUGCUGUGGUAAGCCUGAUCACUAUUGUGGGCAAUGUCUUGGUCAUGAUCUCCUUCAAAGUCAACAGCCAGCUCAAGACAGUUAACAACUAUUACCUGCUCAGCUUAGCCUGUGCAGAUCUCAUCAUUGGGAUCUUCUCCAUGAACCUCUAUACCACAUACAUCCUCAUGGGACGCUGGGCUCUCGGGAGUCUGGCUUGUGACCUUUGGCUUGCACUGGACUACGUGGCCAGCAACGCUUCUGUCAUGAACCUUCUGGUGAUCAGUUUUGACCGUUACUUUUCCAUCACAAGACCCUUGACAUAUCGGGCCAAGCGUACUCCAAAAAGGGCUGGCGUCAUGAUUGGCUUGGCCUGGCUGAUCUCCUUCAUCCUCUGGGCCCCAGCAAUCCUCUGCUGGCAGUACUUGGUUGGGAAGCGGACAGUUCCGCUGGAUGAGUGCCAGAUCCAGUUUCUCUCAGAACCCACCAUCACUUUUGGCACUGCCAUUGCUGCUUUCUACAUCCCUGUUUCUGUCAUGACCAUCCUCUACUGUCGAAUCUACCGGGAAACAGAGAAGAGAACCAAGGACCUGGCUGACCUCCAGGGUUCUGACUCUGUGACUGAAGCUGAGAAGAGAAAGCCAGCUCACAGGGCUCUGUUCAGAUCCUGCUUGCGCUGUCCUCGACCCACCCUGGCCCAGAGGGAAAGGAACCAGACCUCCUGGUCAUCCUCCCGCAGGAGCGCCUCCACUAGUGGGAAGCCAUCCCAAGCCACUGACCCAAGCACCAACCAGGCCAAAGCUGAGCAGCUCACCACCUGUAGCAGUUACCCUUCCUCAGAGGAUGAGGACAAGCCCGCCGCUGACCCUGUCCUCCAAGUGGUCUACAAGAGUCAGGGUAAGGAAAGCCCAGGGGAAGAAUUCAGUGCUGAAGACACUGAGGAAACUUUUGUGAAAGCUCAGACUGAAAAACAUGACUCUGACACCCCAAACUACUUUCUGUCUCCAGCAGCUGCUCAUAGACCCAAGAGUCAGAAAUGUGUGGCCUAUAAGUUCCGACUGGUGGUAAAAGCUGACGGGACCCAGGAGAACAACAACGGCUGUCACAAGGUGAAAAUCAUGCCCUGCUCCUUCCCAGUGGCCAAGGAGCCUUCAACGAAAGGCCUCAAUCCCAACCCCAGCCAUCAAAUGACCAAACGAAAGAGAAUGGUCCUAGUCAAAGAGAGGAAAGCAGCCCAGACACUCAGUGCCAUUCUCCUGGCCUUCAUCAUCACAUGGACCCCGUAUAACAUCAUGGUCCUGGUUUCUACCUUCUGUGACAAGUGUGUCCCAGUCACCCUGUGGCACUUGGGCUACUGGUUGUGCUAUGUCAAUAGCACUGUCAACCCCAUCUGCUAUGCCCUCUGCAACAGAACCUUCAGGAAGACCUUUAAGAUGCUGCUUCUCUGCCGAUGGAAAAAGAAAAAAGUGGAAGAGAAGUUGUACUGGCAGGGGAACAGCAAGUUACCCUGAAAAGUUAAUGACUCCUCUCAAAAGAACAGUGACCACAGUCAACAUCCUCUGAGGAAGAGCAAGCUGAUUCUGUUUUGUAUAUUUUCAAAAAGAAGACAUCUCAUUUUGAGUCCUUGAAGAUGUUUACAAAGGCUCAAGGUCUGUUGCCAAAUGGAAGGGGUCACAGCCGCAGCAAUUGCUUUCGUAUUAAAUGACUCUUGCCUAUGACCAAGGCCAUUUGAUGCCACUGGAGUUUGCCAAUGAAGUAAAGAGAUAGGCUCAUGGCCCCUCACAGGAGGAAGCACAGCGGGUAACAGUGAACAGUGACUCAGGGAACUUUUGUCCCCUCUGUAGGAAAUAGCAGAGACCAGGCGGAAACCUUUUCCUGUGGAAACCUGUCAUAGAAUUUUGUGCAAUGUGUGUGUCUAUGAAGCUGUCUUGUGCCAGUGAGAACCAGGAGAAUGUACAUCAGUGUCACUUGUUAACAAGACUGGCUUCUAAGAAUAUGUAUCGUCAUAAACUGAUCACAUUCUAUAAUGCAGCUACUAUGUGAUCUGUACUGUGGUUUGUUUUCCUGUCCCUACAUCUGAGUGAAGGUCUUGCUCUUCCCUUUCAUAUCCAAUGCCAGUUCCUCGUACUCACUGAACCCAUGCUGAUCUCCAGGGAACCAUCCUUCCUCUCAGAAUCCAGCAUCUGGAAGGACUGAAACCUGGUCAUACCCAGUCCUUUAAAGGGGCCUCUAUUCUGCUAAUAAAGUCUCC